ACUUCAGUGAGUUCAUGGUCAGAGUCCAACCUGACAAUACUGUACAAUAGUACAUUUUCUAUUUGACUAAGUUCCGUGGGGAAAAAAAACUAGAUGGACGCUCAGUACAACCAGUUUGAGUCAACCUCUGAGAGAUUUAAGCUUGCAGAUCAGAAUGUCUACAAAGGUAUGAAGAGGAUAUUGGUAUAUACCCUCUAUGGUAUCCUUGUGGCCCUGCUUUUAAUUCAGCUAAUGGUAACUGGGAUCAAAUUCUCGCAGUUAAACACGGAAAUCACUGACAUCAAACUAAACCUAAAAAAAACCAGCCAUCAAGCCUCGGGUGACGGGACAACUAUACAAGAUGUCCAUUUGGAAAAACGUGUCCCAGUUAGAGGAGCAUGUAAGGAGGGAUGGGUGUCAUUCCAAAGCAGCUGCUACUUGCUGUCGACCACCACUGCCACCUGGAGCAGAGCUGAGCAGCAGUGCCUUUUACGUGCAGCACAUCUAGUGGUUGUGAACAGUGUUGAGGAACUGGACUAUCUGUCAGAAAUUUCUGAAAUGACUUAUAAAUACUGGAUUGGACUUGUGGAACGAGUCCACGAGGGAGAGUGGAGUUGGGUGGAUGGAACUGACUACAAUAAAAUCCCAAAGUUCUGGGAUGUAGAUCAGCCUGACAAUUGGGCCUUCAGAAAAAAUGGUGAGGACUGCGGGCAGAUUCAUGCUACCGACGUACGCGUACGCCGGCGGUGGAAUGACGCUGACUGCAAUAUCUCAUACAACUUUAUAUGUGAAAUUGGCAUAUGAGAGUAUUUUUUGUCUGUAGAGGUAUUCAAACAUGAAUGUUAAAAAAAUAACGCCAUUGCAUUUCCAGUGUUUCGAUAAAGGCAUUGUAUUU